GAAAUAUUUGACGCUAAAAUCCGGAGGAUCUAUGGAACAAUCGUCGGUAAGACUGGAGAAAUGUCAUACAAAAGUGAUAGAGAAUCCGAUUUCACUGAUACAGAACAAACUGACAAACAUUCUGAUUCAGAAGGUAAAAUUAAUAAAUUUAAACACCACGAUGAAGUUGAAGAACUAGUGAAAAACGUCGAAAAUAUACACGAUAAGUAUAGCGACUUUGAUAACGAAAUACGACCAAUAUCUAGAAGCCAAAACUCCCUUUAUGUUGAUAAAAUUAAUAGUAUAGAUCAUAGAACUGUCAAAAAAGCUAAGGAAGGCUAUGAAUCGGACAUGAAAUACCCUUUUAGUGAUAGUGAAAAUUUAAAAUCAAGGAUAGACAAAAGUAGAUACAGCGAUGGAAAUACAAUAAAAAGUAGAGUAAGUACAUUCAACGAUAUUGACAAGGAAGUACUCAGAACUAGGAAUGUUUACUCUGAUAAUGAAAUUAAGAAGGCAAAAUAUCCAGAGAAGAGAAAGUUCCGUGAAAACGGUGAUCCUUUAGGUGUUGAUAGAAGAAGGUUUUAUCAAAGCAAACUGGAGAACUUGGAGAGAAAACUCCAUAAUACUAGAAGUUUCAAACAUCACAAAGACAACAACAACCGCCAAAUCCGUCCAGUGCUGCCAACAGCAAGAGAAGAACAACCACUGCGCCCGAGCAAGAACCAACUAGAUCCGUUCUACAUGCCUGACAGAGCUAGAUUUUUACAUGGAUUUUAGUAAAA